AUGACAUUGUUUCCGCUGGCUGCGACCAGUUGUGCUGGUAUCGGAGCUACUGGCAAAUGCAAGAACGCAGGGUACCCAAAUCCGAAAAAUUGCAAAGUAUGCAUUUGCCCGCCUGGCUAUGGUGGCGCUUACUGUGCACAGAGAGCUUGGAAGUCAAGAAAUAUCACCAUUGGCAAUGCCACGAUAACCACUUCACGUAACGCCCACACGAUCUGCACCGACUGGAUUACGGCACCAGCAGGUAAAACGAUCCAAUUCCGAGUAACAGCCUUGAAAGAUGUUUCAUGUGCUAAUGGCUGCAGGAACAGUGCGAUUGAACCAAGGAUUUUGUUAGACAAGGCAAUGACGAGCCCAAGAAUUUGUUGCCCCGAACAACUGAAUCAGAUUUUGCCAAGCAACCACAAUCCAGCUCCAAUCGUCACAUAUAGUAUUCGCUACAGGUCUACAUAUACUUAUGAGUACAGAUAUGUGGGCACCGUGGCACACGAGUUCACGCACGCUCUCGGUGCGCUGCAUAUGCACAUGCGACACGACAGAGACAAAUACGUCAAAAUCAACUUGAAGCCUGUG